AUGUCGAAGAUACUCAUCCUGCAGAUCUACCUGCCGCCGGCGCGGCUGGGGGCGUGCCUGAAGCCGGCGCCGCCCUUCGACCCGGGCCUGAGCUGCUACGCGGUGCCGCGGCUGGUGUUGCCGGACACGUCCGGCUGGAUCCCUGAGACCGACAAGCCGUACAUGUGCUCUAGCUGCGGCAAGGGUUACACGCACAUAUUCACGCUGAACCGGCACCGUCGCACCGUCUGCGGAAAGAUCAGGAACACCAGCGGCAAGUGGAAGUGCCCCCGUUGCACCCGCUCCUACGUCACCGAGGGCAACCUGGUGCGGCACGUGCGGUUCGAGUGCGGCGUCCGCCGGAAGUUCUGCUGCAUCUUCUGCAACCGGAAGUUCACGCAACGGUGCAGUCUGAUCAGGCACCUGCGGAACUUCCACAACGAGAGCUUCGACAGCAACAGCGGCGGCGCGGGCGUGCCGGCCGACAACCAGCCGACGAUAAACCCGUGCCACGUGGAGAUCAAGACCCCCGACACCACCAGGAUGUCGAUUUGAGGCCGGCCGGACGCGACACCCAACGCGGCCAGACGCGGCUUUUUAACGGACGCGGAUCCCACGUCCCGAAACGACUGCGACUAAAAUCGUCUACACGAUUUUUCCCCCUCUUCGGAUUCUAAACGAAAAAUGGACGAUCUCGCGGCGCACUUUUUUUUUAUGGUCGCCGAUUAGUCGGCGAUUGUAAAAAGAACCGAGGGGACGAUGAUCAUCGCGUCCACGUUGCCCGAGGCGUCCGUUUUCGGCGCGCGAUCCGAGAGGGAAAUUCGGCAGAAUUUAGCGCAGCUCGGUCGAGCAUUACAUUUACAUUUCCGAGCGAACGAAUCUCGACGGUUUCUUCGACGGACGCGCGCCAGGGAGCUUCGCCGUUUCGCGUUUCGGCGAUCUGCUCGGACGCUUGCUUCGGUUCUUUUUUUAUAAAACGUUUCGAUGCGAAUCUCGUUGAUCGCCGCAAGUUCAACGAUCGACGAUCCAUCGGCGAGAUCUUUCUUUGAACGACGGUUCAAACGGUGUCUUCGUUGUGUGCACAACGAUCGCGGAUUUCACGCGUUUAUGGGCAGCAUCGAGCGUUCGCGGUUUAAAACAGCAUAAAUGAUCGGAAGAAUUGGAAGAUUCCGUUUUAUUGCCGCGAGUCGAUUAACACGAGCACCGAUAGAAGGAACUCGGUAUUUGGCGCCCGUUUCUUGCAAUCGACCAUUUUUUUAUGUCGCGCGGAAAUCCGCGGUCUCACGUGCACGCUGUUUCGACGGAUUUUAACGCUCCGCCGAAUUCGUAACUUCGAUCAAACGUUUCGCGUUGGUUAACUUCUCGUUAACGGUUCUCGCGCGCGGUUCUCGAGGAGGUGCAAUUCUCCCCGCGAUUCUCCCCGAUCGUCCCUCGGACGUCGUCGAACCAUAUCGACAACGAAAUAACGCGAAACAGCAAUUAAUUCGAGCGAGACUACGAAGCGCGGUAAAUUCUCUCCGAUCGUCCCUCGGCUUGCGAACGAAAAUAGACAAUUUGGCAACGUGAAAACGAGCCGCGAGGCUCGAACAAUCGUGCAAGCCGAAGGACAAUUGGGGAGAGUUUACCGUAAUCGUAUCCCCCCAUUCCAAAUUGUCCAUUUUCGUUCGCAAGCCGAGGGACGAUCGGAGAGAAUUUACCGCGCUUCGUAGUCUCGCUCGAAUUAAAUGCUGUUGCGCGUUCCAAUUCGUUUCGGAAACGAAACUUGCGAGAGGAGAGUCCCGUUAUACGACGCGAUCGAACGAAUUCGCGACUCGCGGAUAACAUUGGCAGAGAUUCGGAAUAUCGCUCGGUUUUCGAAGCGCGAACGAAACGGUUGCGCGAGUCGUAUCGCGAGCGAUAGAGACGAGUGUCGUUGCCAUUCAAUUUCAAUUCGUUGCUUUCGUAUUAAUUAGUUCGCAGUGCAGAAACGUAGCGGCGAAGCAAGUCGACGCGAGUGCUUUCGCGUUCGACAGUUUCACUUUCGUCGAACCUUAACGUCGACGCGGCAAUAAAUUACAUAGGCGUGGCACUGUCACAGGGAAAAAUUCCCGGCAACCCGAAAUUCGGCAUUUCCGGGAGGAAUUACUGUAUCCUAAAAAUGAAACCUGAUUUCGACGGUCUGCCAACGUCGCUUGAGACUCGAACGUCUGUUCGAUCGGCCGCGACAGUCGCAUAUUUCGCUAUACCUUCAGUCUCGGAAUGAAAUUCGCGCCAAGGUCGCGAAGAUCCAUCGGAAACGUUCGCUCGAAGUUGCAAAUUCCGACUCGCGUCCGGCAACGUCGCCGCGAAGUGCAAUUCAUUUUUCGAAAAAUGUUCUCCAAUUGGACGAUCUCACGAUCUGAGAAAGAUUCGUGCCGGUUGCUUCGAGAUCGCAAACAUUAUCCGGGCGACCUCGAACGUCGCGGAGUUUGGAGGCGCGUCGCGCACUCUCUCGCGAAUCGAGACAUUUCAGUACAAAUUACUUAGGACAUUUUCUCACAAAUUCCAAGCUCUUUUACGAUGAACGGACUUUUUAAAUCAUCACGACGCUCUUGGGCGAACGAUUUUUUUUAGGUUUAGCAAAAGAAUCGACGAUGAUCCAGUGAUCGGAUUUCGCGAAUUAAUCAUAAGUUUUUAGUCGACGUGACAAUUAGCACU